AUGGAUUUGACCUUCUCCAUGAAGCAGCAGCAAAAGAACUCUGGAUCUUUUUGUUUGCGGUGCCAUGAGGAAGCCUGUGGUUUCCCUGAUGCUUCCACUGUUGUUACUGGAACAGCUCUUAUGAUCUCCUGCACCCAUUAACUGCCUGAGAUAUUUGUCUCCUGUCCAGCUGCGGAGUAUCUUUAGAAGAAAUCAAAUGGGGAUAUUGCUGUCUCCCUACUGCUCAUAACAGAGGUGUUGAGGAGUAAUGGUGCUCCCUCAAAUACCUUCCCUCAGUUUUCCCAUGAUUUGUGCUUCAGUAGCUGUUCCUUGCAACCUAAGCCAUCAAAAAGGCUUCAUCUGAUCACGACACUUGCCUUGGGAGAGCAGGCUCCAACAGCAGCCAGAAUGCUCAGGAUGCCCAGCUGCCUGCUAAAGCUGACCAGGGUGGUGCUGAGCCACAAGCUCAGGACUCUGUUUAUCCUCACCUUUAAAUUCAUGUCCUUUGUCUCCAUCGUGUUGUACUGGAGAAUCACAGAGGACCCUAAGAGCAGGGGCCAGCUCUACAGCUUGCCUGUUGAAAUACACUGUGCUCACUCUGUGCCUUCUCCUCCCCCUGCCACUGCUGAUGGGCCCCCUUCUUCUCCAGGGGACAUCUUUUUUGUGGAGACCUCGGAGCGAACUAACCCGAGUUACCUGUUCACCUGCUCUGUGGAGUCUGCAGCCCGGACGCACCCUGGGACAAGGGUUGUGGUGCUCAUGAAAGGCUUGGCAAACGGGAAUGCCUCCUUACCCAACCACUGGGGCUUCUCAUUGCUGAGCUGCUUCCCCAACGUGGAAAUGCGUCACCUGGACUUGCCAGAGCUUUUCUCAGGGACUCCUCUGGCAAAGUGGUACUCGGAGGCUCAGCACCGGUGGGAACCUUAUUUCUUGCCUGUCCUGUCUGAUGCCUGCAGAAUUGCCAUCAUGUGGAAAUUUGGUGGCAUCUACCUGGACACAGACUUCAUUGUGCUUAAGAACUUAAAGAACCUCAGCAACGUGCUUGGUACCCAGUCCAAGUAUGUACUGAACGGGGCCUUCCUGUCCUUUAAACCUAAGCAUAAGUUUAUAGAGCUUUGCAUGCAGGACUUUGUGGAGAACUACAAUAGCUGGAUCUGGGGGCACCAGGGCCCACAGCUUCUAACUCGUGUCUUCAAGAAGUGGUGCUCCAUCAGAAGUCUUCGGAGCAGUACGAGCUGCAAAGGAGUGAGUGCUCUGCCCCGUGAGGCUUUUUAUCCCAUCCGGUGGCAGGACUGGAAGAAAUAUUUUGAAGUGGUGAGCUCCUCGGAGCUUCACCACCUGUUCAGUAACACCUAUGCGGUGCAUGUAUGGAACAAGAAGAGCCAAGGAACAAGGCUCAAGAUCACAUCCCAGGCUUUGCUGGCUCAGCUGCAAUCUCACUUCUGCCCUGCCACAUAUGAUAUCAUGAAGAAGGACUCUGAGUGGCAGUGA